AUGACCAAAAAAAAAAUUGGGAAACCUGUCCGAGGAGGUGCUUCUAAGCAUUCUGUUAGCGGAAAAUGUUUUUCUACAGAAUUAAUGCUGAAUCAAGAUGGGACAUUACAAUCAGAUAUAACUCCUAAAACAUGGAGAGAAAUCGAAGAAACAUCAAGCGAUACAACAGAUUCGGAAAAAAAUACCAAUGAUUCUGAUAUAUCUAAUUCAGAGGCUCAAUCUUCCUUUCAUGAACGAGAAAAAAGAAAAUCAAAAGGUGCUCCUCAGCCUAUUAUUGAAAUUCAAAAUCCAAAUCGUAUAAAAAAGCAGAAUUAUAAGCCUUCUGAACUUUUAAAAUUAGAACCUCAAGAAUUAAGUCGGAAAGAUCGCGAUGCCAUUGAAAAGAGAGCAGCAGAAGAACGAUAUAGAAAACUUCAUUCGGAGGGGAAAACUGAGAAAGCUAGGGCAGAUCUUGCAAGACUUGCGAUUGUACGAAAAGAACGAGAGGAAAAGGCACGACAGAGGAAAGCUGAACAAGAAGCAAAAGAAACUGCUGCACAAGCACGCACGGGAAAAUCUUUAAGGCCUAACUAA